UGAUGAUCAGCGCUCUGCGAUUCCCAGGCUAGGCAUCUGCUCUCAGUGUUUAUUUGGUCGCCAUGGCGGAGGGACAGCGAGAGCUACUGCCUCAGCCGCCUCUUCCUCUGUCGUUUCUUUCGGCUAGUAAGCGGCCGUGCCUGCGCCCUGCACCUCGCGGCCCCGGUCCUGGAUCGGGCAUUCCGAUUUCCCGGUAUUACAGCCCGGAGUCUUUACUGGACUGCGCCGCUAAGGCCGUCGCGGAGAAAUGGGCCUUCGAGAGGGUGGAGGAGCGCUUCGAGCGGAUCCCGGAGCCCGUCCAGCGCCGCAUCGUCUACUGGUCCUUCCCGAGGAACGAGAGGGAGAUCUGUAUGUACUCAUCAUUUCAGUGCCGUGGGGCCGGGGAGGAGACCGGCGCGACGGGGUCAGGGGCUUCGGUGGGGUCUGGGACUGUCUCUGGAGGGGUUACCACCACUGGAAACGCUGUGGCUGGGGGCACAGGAGAAGGGCUCCCUUUCCGCCGGGGGAUCCGGCUUUUGGAAAGCGGAUGUGUGGAGAAUGUCCUGCAAGUCGGUUUCCAUCUGAGUGGCACAGUGACGGAGCCAGCAUCCCAGUCGGACCCGGAGACCGUGUACAAAGUGGCCAUCAGCUUCGACCGCUGCAAAAUCACCUCUGUCACGUGCGGCUGUGGGAACAAAGACAUUUUCUACUGCGCCCAUGUGGUGGCGCUCUCGCUCUACCGGAUCCGUAAGCCGGACCAGGUCAAACUGCGUCUUCCCAUCUCAGAGACCCUUUUCCAAAUGAACAGGGACCAGCUGCAAAAAUUUGUACAGUAUUUAAUCGCCGCGCAUCACACAGAGGUCCUUCCCACUGCACAGAAACUGGCAGACGAGAUUCUGUCGUCUAAUUCGGAAAUCAACCAAGUUCAUGGUGCUCCGGACCCCACAGCUGGAGCCAGUAUCAACGAUGAGAACUGCUGGCACCUGGAUGAGGAGCAGGUGAGGGAGCAGGUCAAGCAGUUCCUGUCCCAGGGAGGCUACUACGGGUCGGGGAAGCAGCUCAACUCCAUGUUUGCCAAGGUGCGAGAGAUGCUAAGGAUGCGGGAUUCAAACGGCGCACGGAUGCUGACCUUAAUAACAGAACAGUUCAUGGCAGACCCACGGCUGUCUCUAUGGAGGCAACAGGGAACUGGUAUGACAGAGAAAUGCAGACAGCUGUGGGAUGAGUUGGGUGCUUUAUGGGUCUGUAUUGUGCUGAACCCACACUGCAAAACCGAUGAGAAGUCCUACUGGCUCAGGCAGCUGAAGAAGUGGAGUGACAUGGACGUGUGUCCUCUUGAGGACGGCAACUACGGGAGCGAGUUACCAAACAUUACCAAUGCCCUACCGCAGAGCUCCAACCUCAACCAAGACUCCUUAGCGAGGCCAAGGAGGACUGUCUUCACAAGAGCAAUGGAGGCCUGUGAUCUGCACUGGCAAGACAGCCACCUGCAGAGGAUAAUCAGCAGUGAUUUCUACAUGUCGCCCACUUACCAGCGAGAAGGGGAGAGCCUGCUCUUCACCUCCCAGGGGCUGCCGCUCUGGCUGGAGCAUGUACCAACUGCCUGUGCCAGAGUGGAUGCUCUGCGAUCCCACGGUUACCCCAGAGAGGCAUUGCGAUUGUCCGUUGCCAUCAUCAACACACUCAGACUGCAGCAGCAGAGGCAGCUGGAAAUAUACAAGCACCAAAAGAAAGAGCUACUCCAAAGGGGGGUGACCACAAUCACGAAUCUGGAGGGCUGGGUGGGACACCCUCUGGACCCUAUAGGCUGUCUCUUCGUGACUUUGACUGAAGCCUGUCGGAUAGAGGAUGACAACUCCAUGGAUACAGGAGACUCUGGGGACCCCAAGCCUCCAGUCUAUCACCAUGUUCCUGUGUCAGGGUGCCAGGACAGCGGGGAGUCAUACCUGGCCCUGGCACUGGAGGUUGCUCUCAUGGGCAUGGGGCAGCAGCGGGUGAUGCCCGAGGGCCUGUACUCUCAGGACAAGGUGUGCAGGAACGAGGAGCAGAUCAUCGGGCGGCUGCAGGAGCUGGAUCUGGACGAGGUGCUGGUGCAGACACUCCGCAAGCAGUGCAUUCUCCUGCUGGAGGGGGGUCCUUUCAGUGGGCUGGGGGAGGUGAUCCAUCGGGAGAGUGUUCCGAUGCAUACCUUUGCAAAGUACCUCUUCUCUGCGCUACUGCCUCACGACACUGACCUGGCCUAUAAACUCGCUCUGCGAGCCAUGAGACUGCCUGUGUUGGAAUCUACUGCCCCUUCUGGUGAUGUGAGUCAUCCACACCACGGGAUCUCAGUGGUGCCAAGCAGAUACCCACGCUGGUUUACCCUUGGGCACCUGGAGUCUCUGCAGUGUGAGCUGGCAUCCACCAUGCUCACCGCAGCCAAAGGAGACAUGCUGCGAUUACGCACAGUGCUGGAGGCCAUUCAGAAAAACAUCCACUCCUCCUCCCUCAUCUUCAAACUGGCUCAGGAUGCCUUCAAAAUUGCAACGCCCGCGGACUGCCCGCCGGAUAUCACCCUGCUCAAUGUGGCGCUGGAGCUGGGGCUGCAGGUGAUGCGAAUGACUCUGUCCACGCUGAACUGGAGGCGCAGGGAGAUGGUCCGCUGGCUGGUCACCUGUGCCACUGAAGUUGGCCUGCGUGCGCUCGUGAGCAUCCUGCAGAGCUGGUACACCCUGUUCACUCCCACUGAGGCCACCAGCAUCGUUGCAGCCACAGUGAUGUCUCACAACACCAUACUGCGGCUGAGCCUGGACUACCCCCAGCGGGAGGAGCUGGCCAGCUGUGCACGGACGCUGGCCCUGCAGUGCGCCAUGAAGGACCCGCAGAACUGCGCUCUGUCGGCCCUGACGCUGUGCGAGAAGGACCACAUCGCCUUCGAGACGGCCUACCAGAUCGUCAUCGACGCAGCUUCCACCGGCAUGACCUACUCCCAGCUCUUCACCAUCGCCCGCUACAUGGAGCACCGUGGCUACCCUCUGCGGGCCUUCAAGCUGGCCUCCCUGGCCAUGACCCACCUCAACCUGGCCUACAACCAGGACACGCACCCAGCCAUCAACGACGUGCUUUGGGCAUGCGCGCUCAGCCACUCCCUGGGUAAGAACGAGCUGGCCGCCAUCAUCCCCCUGGUGGUGAAGAGCGUGCACUGCGCCACCGUUCUGUCGGACAUCCUGCGCCGUUGCACCAUGACUGCCCCCGGAUUAGCGGGAAUCCCCGGCCGACGCAACUCCGGGAAGCUCAUGUCCACUGACAAGGCCCCGCUGAGGCAGUUAUUGGAUGCUACCAUUAGUGCUUACAUCAACACCACCCACUCCCGCUUGACUCACAUCAGCCCACGGCACUACGGGGAGUUUAUUGAGUUCCUCAGCAAAGCCAGAGAUACCUUUCUCCUGGCACAGGACGGACACAUCCAGUUUGCCCAGUUCAUAGACAACCUCAAACAGAUCUACAAGGGAAAGAAGAAGCUCAUGAUGCUUGUGCGGGAGCGCUUUGGGUGAUUUUUAAAAAGAGUACAAUAGUAAAAAGACUUGUUUUAUUUUAUUUUGAUCUGAGAGCAACCGUCACAUGGCAUUGUGUGGAAAGGGGGCAGAAGGAUGCACCAUGAUAGGUUGUGGAGUACUAUUGAAAGAAAAAAAAAAAAUCUAUGUUACAAUUGGAAAUAACAGACCUUUUAUUAUUUUGUUUUGUAAAAAAGAAAAAAGUGGCACAUAAACCAAACAAGCUAUCAAGAGCCAACUUGGAACACAUGGUCUUAGUGGUGGUUUAAGAAAUGAUAUAUAUAUAUAUAUAUAUAUAUAUAAUAUAUAUAUAUACAAAACAAAUCUAACUUAUAUAAUACCAAAUUUCUAACAGCGGAGUGUGAUACUGUACCUCUCUCCUAUUGCAAGGAUAAACUUUAACCAUCUUUAGAGGCCUGGUUUACAGCAUGCAGUGAUCGAAAGCAGAGCUGCAACACUAACCACCAACUAACCACCAAAACACACAGGCAGGAACAGCAUGGGGUCUGUAGGGUGGCUUGCAUACACUUGACCAAGCAAGAUGUGUGAAUUCACAUUUGUUUCCUCCUUUUUUGUUGUUUUUUGUUUUGUGGUGUUUUUUUGGUAGGUCUUUUUUUGUGAAGGUACUUUUCAAAAUAAAAAGAGAAGAAUGAGUAAAAAAUACUAACUCCAUUCUCAGGGAAUGCUCCAAGAAACACAACAAAUAAAGUAGCAAAAGCAUUUAUGAUAUUGUAAAUAUAACGGUAAGUGUCAAUUAAGAAAUUGUAAAGUUAUAAUUAUUUAUAAUAAUAAUAAUUGUAUGUCUCCUUUUUUCAUUUAUUUUGGGAUACUUGAAUAUGUUGUGGGCUGGGAAUGUUAAGAUUUAAGCAAAACAUUUCUCAGGUGCUCCUGUUUUCGGGGUAUUUUUUUUUUGGUUUGUUUUUAUUUCAUUUUAUAUUGCUUGGUUGUAUGUUGUGCGAGAGGCAGAGUAGAUUUAUGAAACAAAAUUAAAACGAUAACAGGAUAAACUAAAGCACCAGUCUAUGCAGAACCACUGAGUAAUGUUAACUGUCCCAACCUCUCCUCCUACACCCAACAUCAUGAAAAAGAAUCUGCGUAAAAUCUUCAGUAAAGCAAAGGGCCAGAGUUCAGGCUAUGCUAAGAAGCUGAAAUGAAAGAACACGGGUACUGUAAAAUAUAUAUUUAUUCUAUACAAUAGCUGGAUUUAAAGCUUGCCAGAAUGAGGAUGAUUUGAACAGUACACCUGCACCUCAGCUGAGACUUCAAUGAGGAACGUGGCAAACGUGUCAUUUCUGUUUGUUAUAUACAAUAUAAAAGUACAGAAAUGAAUGAGCCAGUAUAGUGGGCCUUUAGGUUUGUGAACUUUUUUUAUUUUGUUAAUUUUAUUUUUAUAAUUAUAUAUUCUUUUUUGUUUUUGUAAAUCGCAAGAUUGUUGCACAAACCUUUCUUCACCAAUAGGGAUGGGAAGCUUCCAUUCCACAGUCAGUGUGCCUCCCGCUGUUUGACCACAUUUGUAACCUUUUCAAGCAUUACUCCCUCUUAUAUUUAGUAGUAAUAACUAUAUCUGAAAAUUCCGUUUAGGAAUUUUAGAAAGUGGGUUAUGGUGGUUGCCUAGCAUGGGGAAGGCCUAUCCAGUCCUAUUGGGAAGUAGUUGGGUUGGGAACCUCAUUGUGGGUGUUUCAGACACACUUGCUGUUUAAAAGCAGAGCGUAGAAGCACAGUACAUCAGUCUUUGACAGUAAUAGACACAGCUGAGUUCUGUUCUAUGUGUGAAAGUGUGGCCUGAGAUGACCUGGUGUAAUGCAAAGUCAAACAGUAUGACACCUGCACAAAGUUCAAAUGUGCGCAAGAAAAACCGCUAAAGUAUUUAUCUCAAAUUCAAAACUGUUGCCUUUCUAAAAUUCUUUGUCUCAGUACAAAGGUUAAUUCUGUUGCAUUAAUAACCUAGUUGCUGCAUCUUAGUGCUUCAUGUGAAAAUGUUAUACUUUAGGUCCAAUUGCAUUACAAAUAUUUCUGAGUUUAUUUUAUUUUUUGUUUUUUUUUACCAAGUGUCUUUGUGUUAACUGUACCGGUGUUUUGAUCUGUCCUAGAUUUUAGAAGGAAAUAAGCGCUGGUAGAGAAUAUUGACUAGUUCGUUACCUACUGUUUUUUAGAUUCAAAUUUUUUUUUAUUUAAGAGUGUUUUUAAUGUUGCCUUUUUGUGCUACUGAAAAAAGAAAGGUAUUCAGUAUUUGUUGCCACAAGUAUCGUUAAUCAAUUUUUUUUUUGUGCAACCUUGAGCUAAUGUCUAAAACAAAAUUACUAUUUAUGUAAUGCUAUUACCAUUUUAUAUGAUUUGUGUUGAAAUUUAAGUGCUUUUUUAUGAAUAAAGUGUGGAACACAA